GUCCCCUGCAGCAGUCCCUGGCUGCCUCUCUGUGUCGUGAGUCUUACUGGAAGUGCCUCCUCCUCACUCUCCUCAUGUACGGCUGUUUCACCACGCUGGGCUGGUGUGUCGUCUGCCGCGUCCCAGCUCUGGGCUCCGGGGAGUAUGUUGUUAUCUCGGCUCCGUCCGCCACCACCUUACCUGAUUUACCUCAGCUGCACCUCCAGCACGACAGGCCAUGUUCCAGUGGGUAUGUGUAUAUCCCUCUAGCCUUCCUAGCUAUGCUGUACGUGGUGUAUCUGGUAGAAUGCUGGCACUGUUACUCCAAGACCGCCAUUUUGGCUCACGCAGAGACGGCAGAGGUGUAUGAGCGUGUCACAAGGCUCCAGCAGGCCACUCCCUGUAUCUGGUGGAAGGCCAUCAGUUACCACUACGUCAGACGGACCAGACAGGUGACCAGGUAUCGCAACGGAGACGCUUAUACCACUACACAGGUCUACCAUGAGAGGGUUAACACCCACGCCUCCAGCUCUGAGUUUGACUACGGUCGCCACGGGGUUAAAGACGUCUCCAAGAAUCUACAGGGACUUCAGGAGCAUCCAGCUGUUAGGCUACGCUUCACCAAGUGUUUCAGUUUUGCCAGCGCCCGUGCGGAGGCUGCAUACCUCACCCAGCGAGCACGCUUCUUCGGAGACAACGAGGGUCUGGACGACUACAUGGAAGCCCGGGAAGGGAUGCAUCUAAAGAACAUGGAUUUCAAGGAGCAUAUCCUGGCGUUCCCGGACCCGACCCGGCAACCGUGGUAUUCCCGACACCGGGUCUUCUGGCUGGCCUCAGCGUUCCUCUUCUCCUGGCCCAUCCGGGUCGUGUCGGAGUACUGCACGGCCCACGUACACUACCACGUGGAGAAACUGUUCGGAGAGGAGACGCUCCGUGAGGACGGAGUGACGGAGAACGGAGGGACGACGGGAGGAGAGAGGAGCGCCAACGGCGGGUCGAGCUACAGAGCGAUAUCGCGGGUGAACACCGUGGACAUGACGGAGCUAGAGUGGCAUAUUCACUGUAAUCAACAAAUGGUUCCUUCGUAUUCCGAAGCUCUUCUCAUGGACAUGGAGAGAGAGAGUAAUGGAGGAGUCGGUGGAACAGGAGGAACUAACACCACCACCUCAACACCUGGAGCGCCGGGCUCCAUCCAGGGGGGCUUUCCAGCCAGCAUGACCCGCCCAGUGGCCUUCUCCACGGCUUACCUCCUCCAGAGCUGCCCCCGGUGUCGGAGUACCACGUCAAGCUCCAGCCUGCCAUCCAGGCUAAGGGCCCCGACGGGGAAUCCAGCCCUGCUGAACGGCACUGUGGUUGGGAUGAGGGCGAAUGGCGUAGGGGGUGUGGGUCCGGGUGGGGGAGGGGGAGGUGGUAGGUUAGUGUUGAGUCGUAGUGGGUUUUCUCUGGGGACACGGCCGAGACCAGCAAGUCUAUUUCACUCUCGUAGUGUGGGGGGGGAGGACUAG